CGUGAUAGUUGUUAUUGUUGUUGUUGCUGUUGCGUGUGUCCGAAUUGCCUUUCAAAAGUCAAAUCAAAAUAACAAAAUUCGAAAAACCAUGUGUAUACCUUUAUAAACUCACCCCAGGACCCGAAAAGUACAUCCCGUUUUUGGACACCGCUGACAUUAUGGCUGGCCCGCCGGCGAAGGGCAUGUAAAUAUUGAAAAACCACCGGAACGAAGAGAAGAACACAACACAACCCCCUAGAAGAUUGAGAAAUCCCCAGCCGGACAGCAAUGCAAUCCCUGCGCAGCUGCCCGGCCCGUGGCCUUAUCCUCUCCAGGGCCAUUCGCGAUCAGCGCAGCCUGCGGAUGAGUUGGCCACGGAAAAGCGGCACAGCCGGAGGAGCCGGUGGAGCAGCACCCAGUGGCGGGACCACCACCACCACCACCGUUGGCCUUGGAGCGCUCCAGAAGCUGCGGGAAUGGCAUGCGAACGCCUUCAGCAGCCGUUUCCUGCUCUUCACCAACGUGGGCAUCUCCCUGACUCUCAGCUGUGUGGGCGACAUCCUCGAACAGCAUCUGGAGAUCUAUUGCGGCGAAAUCGAACGCUUCGAGUCCACCCGGACCGCCCACAUGGCAACCAGCGGUGUGACGGUCGGCGUGAUCUGUCACUAUUGGUACAAGAUGCUGGACAAACGACUACCCGGUCGCAGUAUGCGCGUGGUGGCGAAGAAGAUCGUGCUCGACCAGCUGAUCUGCUCGCCCAUCUACAUUACGGCCUUCUUCGUCACCCUGGGCCUGCUGGAGCGGAAGGACAAGCACGAAGUGUGGGAGGAGAUCAAGGAGAAGGCCUGGAAGCUGUACGCUGCCGAAUGGACGGUGUGGCCGGUGGCGCAGUUUGUGAACUUCUAUUGGAUCCCCACCCAUUACCGCAUCUUCUACGACAACAUCAUCAGUCUGGGCUACGACGUGCUGACCUCGAAGGUCAAGCACAAACAGUCGCAUUCGCACCUCAAGAAGGUUCCCUAACCCUGCGCCAGCCUCUGCCUCUCCUCCUUUCCUUGUAACUAUUUAUUAUCAAAGCGAAAACCUUGUAAAUACAGACGAGACCGUGUACAGAGACCAAGCAA